CUCCAUCACACUCUUUACUCCAACAAGUCACACGGAUACUCGCCAGAGCGUCUUGCAAAGGUAACUCAGACUGAAAGAUAAAAAAGACACAAGUACAAAAGAGAGUAAAUGGAGAGUAAAUGGAUCUAUGUGGCUGUCCUGGUGAUGGUAUGCAUGAUACAUGGAGCAGUGGGGCUUACUGCAAUAAACAUGACCAUCUCUAUUGCAAGCAAUAGCUCGAUAACUUCUAACAACAUGACCGGCAACUUAACGCAAAUGGGCCCCCUCAACGUGACCGGCAACUUAACGCAGAUGCGCCCCCUCAACAUGACCGGCAACUUAAUGCAGAUGGGCCCUCUCAACAUGACCGGCAACUUAACGCAGAUGCGCCCUCUCAACAUGACCGGCAACUUAACGCAAAUGGGUCCCCUCAACGUGAUCGGCAACUUAACGCAGAUGCACCCCCUCAACAUGACCGGCAACUUAACGCAAAUGGGUCCCCUCAACAUGACCGGCAACUUAACGCAGAUGCGCCCCCUCAACAUGACCGGCAACUUAAUGCAGAUGGGCCCUCUCAACGUGACCGGCAACUUAACGCAGAUGCGCCCUCUCAACAUGACCGGCAACUUAACGCAGAUGGGCCCUCUCAACAUGACCGGCAACUUAACGCAGAUGCGCCCUCUCAACAUGACCGGCAACUUAACGCAGAUGGGCCCUCUCAACAUGACCGGCAACUUAACGCAGAUGGGCCCUCUCAACAUGACCGGCAACUUAACGCAGAUGGGCCCUCUCAACAUGACCGGCAACUUAACGCAGAUGCGCCCUCUCAACAUGACCGGCAACUUAACGCAGAUGGGCCCUCUCAACAUGACCGGCAACUUAACGCAGAUGCGCCCUCUCAACAUGACCGGCAACUUAACGCAGAUGGGCCCUCUCAACGUGACCAGCAACCUGCCCCAGAUAGGGCCUAAUAUCGUGACUAGCAACAGCAUGUCACAAUUGCAGAGUAUGAUUAGCAGGGAAAACUGCAGGACGGAUAGGGCAUGUUUCUCCGCUCCACCCACCUGUAAUCCAGCUGUAUCAAGUUCCUGCUUUUUUCUGUCCACGAGAGGAGUCAGUGGAAAUUCAGACAACCUCACCUUUGAGCUCAGUGGAGAGACAGAUGGUUACAUUGCAGUUGGCCUCUCUCGAAACAACAAGGGUAAUGGCGACACCAUCUAUUCUUGUGCCAAUAUCAAUGGAGUAGUGCAGUUCAUCCGUGCCACACUGAACAAUAGCCAACUGACUACAGAUAAUGCAUUCAGCCCUGGAAGUAUCCGUGGCUCUGUGAACGGAAGAAAGAUUCAGUGCACUUUCACAGCUCCUGGUCUCAGCAGCACCACCACCCGUGUGGCAAACACAGGAGCUGUUCUCCAAGUUUUUACAGGCAGCCUUUCAAAUGGUAUGCUGAACUCUCCAGUCAGUAUACUGGUCACAAAUGGAUCAGUGGAUCCAACCAACCCAAACAGCACAGACAUUACAGUGAUUACAGCCAAUACAAAUGCCACAGCUUCAAAUGCAACAGCAGCAUCAAAUGCCACAGCAUCUAAUCCCAGUCAAUCAUCAAAUAUGGGCCCUCUCAACAUGACCGGCAACUUAACGCAGAUGGGCCCUCUCAACAUGACCGGCAACUUAACGCAGAUGGGCCCUCUCAACAUGACCGGCAACUUAACGCAGAUGCGCCCUCUCAACAUGACCGGCAACUUAACGCAGAUGGGCCCUCUCAACAUGACCGGCAACUUAACGCAGAUGCGCCCUCUCAACAUGACCGGCAACUUAACGCAGAUGGGCCCUCUCAACGUGACCAGCAACCUGCCCCAGAUAGGGCCUAAUAUCGUGACUAGCAACAGCAUGUCACAAGUUAUCAUACCAGGCAGGGAUAACUGCAGGAAAGAUAGGGCAUGUUUCUCUGCUCCACCCACCUGUAAUCCAGCUGCACAAGGUUCCUGCUUUUUCCUCUCCACGAAAGGAGUAAACGGAAAUACAGACAACCUCACUUUUGAGCUCAGUGGAGAGUCAGAUGGUUACAUUGGAGUUGGCCUAUCUCGAGACAACAAGGAGGGUAAUGGUGCCACCGUCUAUUCUUGUGCCAACAACAAUGGUAUAGUGAAGUUCAACAGGGCCACACUGAACAAUGGCAGAUUGACUCUGGAUAACACAUUUAACCCUGGAUAUAUCAGUGGCUCAGUGAAUGGAAAAAAGAUUCAGUGUGUUUUCGUAGCCCCAGGUCUCAGUAGCACCACCACCCGUGCAGCAAACACCGGCACUUUUGUCUUAUUCUUAACAGGCAACUUUACAAACGGCACUCUGGGGUCUCCAGUCACCCGAAUGUCGACAAAUGCAUCAGUUGACCUAACCAAUCCUAACAGCACAAACGUUCUAAAUACAUCCAUUACAAGUGGGAAUACGACCAUUGCUACUGUGAUUACAACCACUACUACAUUAAAACCUACAGGGGGGAGCCAUGCACUGCAGCAAGCUGCAUCUCAGGCUGCUCUGGUUAUCCUCUCAGGUGUCAUCACAGUCCUCCUGAUGUAAGGAUGCUGUUUGGCUGUGAUUUGCUGUCUGAAAUUGAUUGAAGAGCUACAAUUGCUUGACAAACCCAACACCAAAAUACAGUGGCCUGAAAAUGUACUCUGACAAGUAGAAAUGAAUGAAUGUCACUGCAUUCCAGACAACAUAUCAAACCAAGUGGAAUCUGCAAACAAAUGAUGCUAGACCUUCCUCAGAACUAACUUUACUUUUGUGAAGUAAUUGCAACUGGUUUAGUCCAACAAAAAAGCAUCUAAAUUAGUCAAAAAUACUACUAAAUAUUAGUGAAUCAACCUGAAUACUUUACACCAACAAAACUAAUUUUAAGGGUUAGAUCGGGUACAAAUUGCUUAUAAAGGUUACCCCUUUCGAUACUUAAAAAAAUAUAUGCAACGAUACCAGUGUUUCUGCAGUACCAGUAACACCGACACAAUUCAGUCCCAAACACCCUGUCUGACUGACAGAUGGCUGCUUUCAAAUGCUCACACGUUAAUUUGAAUGUGUGCUCUGUUACUCCUUUUACACGAAAUGGAAAUGAAUUAACCAAAUUAAAAUCAUUAUAUGUAUUAGUGUGAUUAUUUAAUCACAAAAGGAUGUGAUUUAAUUCAAGAAAUAUACAGUUUGCAUGUGCUGCACACUUCAAAUUGAAUGUGUUAAGCUCCUGAUAUGCUGAAAACACCACAUUUUAUGAUCAUUGUGUGCUGUGCUUAUUGUAGUAGAUGACAGAAGAGAUCGCACAUUCUCUGUGAAGCGUGCAGCACUUGCAGACUUUACAUUUAUAUAAAUAAAUCUCAUCAUUUCGUGCUUUAAUAUUCACACUGGACAAUAUAUCAAACAUCUCAUCUGGAAGUGUGGAAGUACUGUCAAAACACAGAACCGGAAAAGCCUUUGUCAAAAUAAAAGCUUGAUUCAAAGUAAAAGCUUGAUCUGUGAAAUUGAAGAAAUUGCGACAGCAAUAUAUUACUACUGUAUUAUGUGUAAUAUUUACUGAAAUAAUAAUAGUUAAUAUUAUUCUAAAAAAUAUUAUAAUUAUAUAAUAAAUAUUAAUUAUUAUAAUUAUAUUAUUAUAAUUAAUGUUAUAACAAUCUUGUGUUUUACAUUCUGCUGUGAAGGUCUUUACUGAAGCACUUGGUCUAUUUUUAUUUGAUUACAUUUGUAUUAAUUAAUUUGAUCAGUCUCAAUUCUGAUGCUGGAUUAGCAUGGAACUGAAAACAGAAUUUGGGGGGAAACAAUGGAAUUUAGAAAAAUAAUUAUAAAACUGAUUUCAUAGGGUCAUACUUUAAAAAUUGAAUACUUAAAAAAACAUAAUUAAGAAACUCAUCAUUAAUACAUUUAACUUUGUUAAAUAGGCUUAAAGAGUGUGCUCAUUAGCAUAUUACCUAUGUCUUCGUGGUAUUGAAAGUGGUAUCGAGAAUCAUGAAAUUUGACUCUUAUUGGAACUGACUACCGACAUUGUUGUAUUUCGACAAAUCUAGUAUGAUGUAAGUUCCCCUCAAGUUCACACAGAUGUAGUUCAUCACAUUAACUAAAAUUUGACAGCCAUAAAGUGGUUUUGCUGUGUUUUUUUUUUGCUGUUGUUUCUCACUUCAGGCCAUCUUUUGAUGUAAAUUGUUUUUGUGCUAUAUGUCUUUCAAAUAAGUGAAAAAUUUGCGGUUUAAUAUUUGCUAUAAAAUGCAAAGACAUACAAUUUUAAGCUUUUAUAUUUAAAAUGUGAAAACAUUUGAAGACAUUCAUAAAUUUUUAUAUGCUGCUCAAGUGUCCAAAUAUUUUUGGAGCCACUGUAUAUAUAAUUCUACAUAUUUAUAUUUGUCUAAUAUUGCAAUUCACGAAUCAGUGAAGAUCUGGAAAUUAUGGAAGAGGGAAAUACUUGAAAUAUUUAAUUUGCAAUGGAGAGAUUAUGUGCAUUUGUUUGUGUGUGUGUGUGUGUGUGUGUGUGAGAGAGAGAGAGAGAGAGAGAGAGAGAGAGAGAGAGUUAGCAUGGUUUGUAAGUUAUUCUAUAAAUAUACAGUUACUUAAAAUGAUGCUACUGAUGAUAGUUUGUAUAAUCAGUCUAUUAAUGUAAUUGUGCAACAGUGUAAUAAUACAUUUUUAAUUUAUUUUGUAAUUAUUCUAUAAAUGCCAUAUAUAUAUAUAUACAUACAUACAUACAUUCAUACAUGCUAUAGUUUACCUUUUAAAGUUUUUUGUCAGUACCUUUUAAAUAAAAUCUCAUUUAUAUAUAUUUUUAAGAAAUUGUAAAUUAUGUAUAAUUUAUGAUUGAUUUAAAAAAUAUUUUUUAAUGUAAAACAAAAUAACAUCUCAAAAUGAUGAUACUAGAUUAUUAUUCUUAUUAUUUAAUUUUUUGUGCACUUUAAAGAGUCAAGAUAUCCUCAUAAAUAAGCUCACUUUCAUGUCAAGGUCAGAGAGAGUGGAGGAAACUCAGGACAAGUUGUAAAACACAAGCUAGACAGAGAUGAAUCUCUAACUUGUUUGACUAUUUCAAAGGCAUUUUUGUCUUCCAUAAGGGAAAACAUGUUGUUGAAACCACAGUCUGUCUGUCACCUCUUUCCAUCCAUUCAUUUUCUGUAAGCAGGAUAUUAGAAACCUUAUAAUAAUACUUGAAAUUAUAAAUAAAUGUGAUCUACAGUCUGCUGUUUUUAACAACAAUUUCAAUGUAUAAUAUGAUGAUCGAUAAUAAUGUGAUAUUUCUAAGGACUAGUGCAUAGGUGAACUAGAAUGAACUAGGGGCUCGCCUAGCUGAGCCUGUUUUCCUGUGUAUCGCACACUAACCUCUUCACUUUGUGAUUUGUGUUAUAUUCUGAGUAGGUUAAUCUUUUGGAUAUUGAAUGUGAUUCCCCACCUCAUUUAAUUUAGA